AAAAUGUUUUUCAAACAUAUAUUGGUGAAAUUUACAUAAUCUUGAAGCAUUGAUCACACUUCCCAAGAGUAAAGGCAAAACAUACCCAAAAAAAAUCCCUACUUGUUGAUUAAGCUCAUCACAUCUUACGUAGAAGCAAUUCCCACAAAACACACACACCCACACACUAAACACUUCUUAUAUCAACCCCAUUCAACAAGCCAAAAACACACACAAAAAACACUUGAACACCAAAACCACACACACAACACACACACCAUGUCAUCCAAACCUAGCAACCCACCACCACCAAGAACCACCGCACAAGCCACCCUCGCCGGCAUCGGCAACCUCAUCAAGCUCCUCCCGACGGGCACCGUCUUCGCCUUCCAAUUCCUCAACCCCGUCUUCACCAACGACGGCCAAUGCCACCCGAUCCACAAGUACCUCGCGAGCUUCCUCAUCGCGGCCUGUGGCGCCUCCUGCUGCUUCGCCUCCUUCACCGACAGCUACACGGACAACGAGGGCAACGUGCAUUACGGCGUCGCCACCACCAAGGGCCUCUGGCCCUCCCCCUCCCCCUCCUCCGCGCCCGACCUUUCCUCCUACAAACUCCGUUUCGGGGACUUUGUGCACGCCUUCUUCUCGUUGGUCGUGUUCUCCGUGGUGUCGCUGCUCGACCCUAACACCGUCAAGUGCUUCUACCCGUCGUUCGAGUCCGCGCAAAAGGCCCUCCUCAUGGCAAUGCCGCCCGUCAUCGGCGCCAUCUCCGGUGCCGUUUUUGUCAUGUUUCCUAAUACCAGACAUGGAAUAGGCUACCCUUGCAGCCAAGCUUCAUCUCAAGCCUAAUACAUAUGUCUCAAUCAUGUAAAACUAUGUGUGUUUAUGUGUGUAAAUCGAAAACAGAGACAGCAUGAGGGGAAAAUAUGGAUUUCUUUGCAAUGAGUGCAUCUAAUUUCACUAUUGAAUAUUGAAUAUUGAAUAUUGAAUAUUGAUUUUCUUUGUUUAUGUAAA